GUCCCUCGCGGGCUGUGCACACACACCUCCUGCGUGUGGCGGUGCGCGCGGAGCUGCUCUGACCCGCAGCUGGACCCGCCGUGUGCGCGCACUGGUCAGCAUCACCACAGAUGGUCAAAAUUGGACCUAGACUUCUGACUGUGUGAGGACUAACCUUGGCUGCGGGACACCCCAUAUCAAGAGCCUCUUACCCCCCUUUUACCCCUCUCACCCCUGUCCCCUCUGUGACUGCACACAGAGGGGAUUUAGCCCUGUCCUCUGGCAGCACUCCAACUGUACUGCUCAACUCAGCAGAUACCAGCCACUGUUUACAUAGCCUUACUACCUCCUCUCUCCAGGCAUAUCCUAGUUUCUACUGCAGCGUCCCCAAGUGAACCCUUAUCAACUUCAAAUCCUUUCACCUAUCUCAUCAUGAACUCCUCGGCCUCCAUCACAUCCCUGUUUUCCUUCACCAGCCCCGCAGUGAAGCGCCUGCUAGGCUGGAAACAGGGGGACGAGGAGGAGAAGUGGGCAGAGAAGGCUGUGGACUCACUAGUGAAAAAACUCAAGAAGAAGAAAGGAGCCAUGGAGGAGCUGGAGAAGGCUCUGAGUUGUCCUGGGCAACCAAGUAAGUGUGUGACUAUCCCGCGCUCUCUGGACGGCCGCCUGCAGGUGUCUCACAGAAAAGGCCUCCCACAUGUGAUCUACUGCCGGGUGUGGCGCUGGCCCGACUUGCAGUCCCACCACGAGCUCAAGGCCCUGGACUGCUGUGAAUUCCCCUUCGGAUCCAAACAGAAGGACAUCUGUGUGAACCCCUACCACUACAGGCGCGUGGAGACACCAGUGCUUCCCCCUGUGUUGGUUCCACGCCACAGCGAAUUCAACCCUCAGCACAGUCUUUUGGCCAAGUUCAGAAAUGCCUCUCUCCACAAUGAGCCGCUGAUGCCCCAAAACGCCACUUUUCCUGACUCAUUCCCUCCUGUGCCCUGCGCCUCGUUCACCUCCCCAUCCCCCACAUCCUCGCUCGCCCAGUCACCCAACCCGCAGAGCUUCCCCAGCUCUCCGAGCAGCUCAGCUGAACCCGGAAGUCCAUAUCACAUCACAGCGGAGACUCCACCCCCUCCCUACAGUAUGAUGGAGACCAAUCCACAGGAGGACGUGAAGCCCCCAGAGACCACCAAACUCACAUUCUCCGCUCCACACAGAGAUUUACGGCCUGUGUGUUAUGAGGAGCCAGAGUACUGGUGUUCUAUAGCCUACUACGAGCUGAAUAACCGUGUGGGGGAGACGUUCCAUGCCUCAUCCCGCAGUGUUCUGGUCGAUGGAUUCACCGACCCGUCCAACAACAAGAACCGCUUCUGCCUCGGGCUUCUGUCCAACGUCAACCGCAAUUCCACCAUCGAACACACAAGGCGUCACAUCGGGAAAGGCCUGCAUCUUUACUAUGUCGGGGGUGAGGUGUACGCAGAGUGUCUGAGCGACAGCAGUAUCUUUGUCCAGAGCAGAAACUGUAACUUCCAACAUGGUUUCCACGCUACCACAGUGUGUAAGAUCCCCAGCGGCUGCAGUCUCAAGAUCUUCAAUAACCAGCUGUUCGCUCAGCUCUUGGCCCAGUCUGUGAACCACGGUUUUGAAGUGGUCUAUGAACUCACCAAGAUGUGCACUAUUCGCAUGAGCUUCGUCAAGGGCUGGGGAGCAGAGUAUCACAGACAGGAUGUGACUAGCACCCCCUGCUGGAUUGAGGUUCACCUGCACGGGCCACUGCAGUGGCUGGAUAAGGUCCUAACACAGAUGGGAUCUCCUCACAAUCCUAUCUCCUCGGUCUCAUAAGACAAAAGCUCUUAGUCCAUUUCAGAUGUUUUACCAUCUACUGUCAUUUCAAUGCAUCUCAAAAUGCUGACCUGCUUUGUCCCGUUUUGCUGUACAACCAUGAAAGUCCAUUUAGUUUUGCUGGAUUAUAUUUAUAGUACUCUAUAGGUGAGAGAUGCUUAUUUAUAAGUUCAAAGUCUACUUUCGUUACCGUUGGCACAAAAAGCUGCACUCCAAAACAACUGAAACGGGGCACAUUAGGUACUGAAUAUGUCAUUACUGUAGCUGGGACCGUUUUAAUGUGUUUUAUUAUUUACCCGUGUUGAUGUAAUGCAUUGUUUUUAUUUCUAUUAAAUAUGAUUUUCUUAAAAAAAAAAA